AUGAAGGUGGUGGCGUUAGUGAGCGGGGGAAAGGACAGCUGUUUCAACAUGAUGGAGUGUACGCGGUAUGGACAUGAGGUGGUGGCAUUGGCGAAUCUGCUGCCAUCAGAUGAUGAAACGGACGAGCUGGACAGUUUCAUGUUCCAAACCGUGGGCCAUCAGGUGAUUGCAGCAUACGCCUCGUGCAUGGGGCUGCCUCUCUUCCGCCGCCGCAUUAAAGGCUUCUCCAAGUACGCUCGCCCUUCCCUGCCCUCCAUAUCUCCCCUCAACCUCUCCCUUUCCCUCCCUCCCACACCCCUCCCCUCUCUCUUCCGCCGCCGCAUUAAAGGCUUCUCCAAGUACGCUCGCCCUUCCCUGCCCUCCAUAUCUCCCCUCAACCUCUCCCUUUCCCUCCCUCCCACACCCCUUCCCUCUCUCUUCCGCCGCCGCAUUAAAGGCUUCUCCAAGUACGCUCGCCCUUCCCUGCCCUCCAUAUCUCCCCUCAACCUCUCCCUUUCCCUCCCUCCCACACCCCUCCCCUCUCUCUUCCGCCGCCGCAUCAUAGGCUCCUCCAAGUAUGCGCGCCCCGCCCUCCCUCCAUUUCUCAUCUCACCACAUCCCUCCCUCUCCCUCCCACACCCCUCCCUCCUCUCUUCCGCCGCCGCAUCAAAGGCCCUUUCCAAGCACCUAUCAAUGAGGCACAGCACAACAGCAGGAGACGAGGAGGAGGACAUGGAGGUGCUGCUGCUCCCCCUUUCACCCUCACCCCAUCCUGUCCUCCGUACUCUCUCGCCCCACCCGCACCUCCACAUUACACGUUCUGUCCGCCAGGCAUCUGGCCAUGCGGUUCCAUCCGACAGCAGGAGACGAGGGGAGGACAUGGAGGUGCUGCUGCUUCCCUUGUCACCUCAUUCCAUCCUCGCCCUCAUCCGCCCUCAACCCCUCCCUCAUGUGACUCGCCAGGCACCUGGCAAUGAGGUGGGCCUUCCUCCUCUCCUCCCUUUCCAUGAUCUAUCCAUCCAUCCUGCGUUCAUGGCUGUGCUUUCUCCUCUAUCUGCAUCCCUUCCUUCCACACCCACAGCCGUGCAAGGCGUGUCAGUGGGAGCGAUAGCAUCAGAUUAUCAAAGGGAGAGGGUGGAGCAUGUGUGCUCGAGACUGGCCCUCACCCCCCUCGCCUACCUGUGGCAGCGACCACAGAAGGCUCUUCUAGAUAAUAUGAUCGCAUCGGGCAUCCACGCUAUUCUCAUCAAGGUGGCGGCACUGGGCCUAAGACCGGAGAAGCAUCUGGGGAAGCGGUUGGAGGAGAUCCGAGGCACCAUGCAUGCGCUGGCAGGCAAGUUUGGAGUGAACGUGUGUGGGGAGGGUGGAGAGUACGAGACACUCACCCUCGACUGCCCUCUCUUUAAGUGCAGCAAAGCACUGCCUUCCUCUCCCGCUCUUCACGUCCCUGCCGCUCACUCCCUCCCUUCCCAUUUCCCACCAUGCAUACAGCAUGCGCGCAUAGUGGUGGACAGCUCUCACAUCAUCCUGCACUCGCCAGACCCCGUUGCGCCUGUGGGCGUGCUGCGAAUCACAGCCUUCCACGUGGCACGCAAGACCCAGGACGGGGCUGCUGCUGCUCCUGCUGAUGCUGCUGCUGUUCCUGCUGAUGCUGCUGCUGCUGACGUGGCGCUCCCUCCUCCGGUGAUCAUUGAUGCCAAUGACGAGGAUGCUCUUAACGAGGAUGACAAUGGCACUGCAGUGGUGCCAGCAAGGGGAGCAGCAGGCAGGGAUUCAGCAGAGGGAGGAGAGGGAGGCAAAGGAGAUGGAGUGCGGGUGGCAGUGACGACCUGGCCUCGCAUCUCUCCAUCGCCCUCUCCUCCAUCUCCCACACCCUCCGCUCGCUCUCCCUCUCCCUCUCCUGGGCCCACGCCUUCUCUACGUGCACCUCUACCGCGCUCACACGGCGCACCUUUCCCUUCAUCAGACUCUAAAACCGUCUACCCGAUUCUUAUCCUCUGUCCCGUCUGCCCUCUCCCCCAUCUCCCCCAUCUCCCCCUUUUCCCCCACCUUCCCUAUCUCCUCCAUUCCCCUCCUCUCCCCCACCCAGAUCUGGCCUCCCAUGUCUCCAUCGCCCUCUCCUCCGUCUCCCACACCCUCCGCUCCCUCUCUCUCUCCUGGGCCCACGCCCUCUACGUGCACCUGUACCUCGCUGACAUGGCGCAGUUCGGCGCCGCCAACUCAGCGUACGUGCGCCACAUCACCGAGGCCGAGUGUGUGGACGGCGUGCCGUCGCGGUCCACUGUGGAGCUGCCACUUGGCGCGUCGUCAUUGGGCGGCAGCGGGGGAAGCAGCACGGAAGGUUCUCGGAAGGGAUGCAGUGUUGCAGUUGACGUGGUGGCAUGGGGCAGGGGGGCAAGCAGUGUGGGACGAGGAGAAGGAGAAGACGGGGGAGGGAGUGGUGGAGAGGAAGGGGGGGAGCAGCAGGAGGGACAGGGGCGGCAGGAGCAGCAGCAGGAUGGGGGAGUGAGACAGCACGGAACGAGGCAGCGGGGGGAGAAGCACGUGGUGCAUGUGAAGGGCGUGUCGUGCUGGGCGCCCUCCUGCAUCGGCCCUUACAGCCAGGGCGUGUCCUGCUGGGCGCCCUCCUGCAUCGGCCCCUACAGCCAGUGCACGAGCCACAAGGGAGUGCUGUGGAUGGCGGGUCAGCUGGGUCUUUUGAGUCGACUCAAGGGUCAGCUGGGUCUUUUGAGUCGACUCAAGGGUCAGCUGGGUCUUUUGAGUCGACUCAAGGGUCAGCUGGGUCUUUUGAGUCGACUCAAGGGUCAGCUGGGUCUUUUGAGUCGACUCAAGGGUCAGCUGGGUCUUUUGAGUCGACUCAAGGGUCAGCUGGGUCUUUUGAGUCGACUCAAGGGUCAGCUGGGUCUUUUGAGUCGACUCAAGGGUCAGCUGGGUCUUUUGAGUCGACUCAAGGGUCAGCUGGGUCUAGACCCGCCCGUUAUGGAGCUGGUGGUGGCAGGGGGGGCGAGGAGACAGGCAGAGGAGACAGGCAGAGGAGAGAGGCAGAGGAGAGAGGCAGAGGAGAGAGGCAGAGGAGAGAGGCAGAGGAGAGAGGCAGAGAGAGCGCCACAAUGGGGUGCUGUGGAUGGGGGGUCAGCUGGGUCUAGACCCGCCCGUUAUGGAGCUAGUGGGGGGGGGGGGGGGAAGGGAUUUUGGCGAGGAGACAAGCAGGCAGACAGGGCGCUGAGGAGCUGCGAGCUCAUAGAAUUUCUGCUCACCCUUCCCCAUCUCCCCUCCUCCCCCCCGUCCCCCAGAGCACGAGUUUCAAUGGGGUACUGUGGAUGGCUGAGCAAUUGGUGCACGAGCCACAAGGGAGUGCUGUGGAUGGCGGGGCAGCUGGGUCUACACCCGGCCGUUAUGGAGCUGGUCGGGGGGGGGGCGAGGCAGCAGGCAGAGAGGGCGCUGAGAAGCUGCGAGGCUGUUGCUGCUGUGGUGAAGGGGAGAGGGGGGGCUGUUGGGUGGGGGAAGGGCGGGGGCGAGAGUGAGGAGGAGGGGAGUUGGGGGGAAGGGAGUGGAGGGGGAGCGAGUGGCAGGAGAGGAAGUGGGGGAGAGGGGUGGAGGAAAUGGGUUCGGAAGGGGUGUUUGAGUGUUGGGAGGGACUGUAUCGCGAUGACAGUGUAUUUGGCACGGGAUGUGGGUGUUGGGGAGAGAGAGGAGGUGGCACGGGCAGUUGAGGAGGUUUUUGCAGCUGCCCGGAGGAAGAGGAGGGAGAUUUGGGCAGCAGUAGGAAGUGGGACGGGGACAAGUGGGGAGGGGGGCGGAGAAGAGGGAAACGGGGAGAAUGGAGGUGGAGGAGGGAAAGGGGGUUGUGAAGGAAGAGAAGAGGGUAAAGGUGAGGGGGUGUGGGGUGUGGGGCGAUGGUGGGUGGUGGGGCAUGGAGGGAAAGAGGGCAGGGAGGAGAAGGGUGGGGAAGGAGAGGGGAGAGAGGAGGAGGAGGAGGAGGAGGAGGAGCGUGGGGGAGAGGAGGAGGAGAUGGAGGGGGAGGAGAGCGAAGAAGAGCAGGAGUCAGAGGGGGUGAUCGCAGCAGAUCCAUUGCAGGAGCAGGAGGAGUCAGAGGGAGUGAUAGCAGCCGAUCCGCUGCUGGUGGUACCGGGACUGCCUAAAGGCGCUGCUAUCGAGAUUGCUCCUCUCCUUGCCACCCCGUCUCUCUCCUCCUCCUCUGCCACCUCCUCUGCCACCUCCUCUGCCACCUCAGCUGCCCCGUGGCCGAGUUCCCUAACCCCCCUGCACCUCCUGUCCACGUCAGCAUCUUGCCACCUGUCAAACACAGCCGGCCACACGUCAGCUCCAAGGAAUCAGCUGGCAGGGAUGAGCUUGGGCGAAGCAAAGGAAGGGCUCGAGUCAGCAGAGGAAGACAAAAAGACAGGGGCAAAUGAGGUUGACAGAGCUGUGGGUGAUGCGGCAGACGCAGACAGGCAGAGAGGGGCAGAGGUCACAGAGAGUGUGGCAGAGGUCACAGAGAGUGUGGCAGAGGAGGCAGCCGGGAGGAGAGAGGGAGACGAGGGGGCGAUGCAGAGGAGAGUGGCAGAGGGGGGAGUGGCAGUGGGGGAAGGGGCGGAGGGGGUGAGCAUUGCCGGGCGGGGCAUGGCAGCAGCAGGGGCGUUCUGUCGCGUGCACCUGUGGGUGGAACAGGCUAGGGGGGCGCAGAGGGGAGGGUGUGAUACCAACCUCUCUGUUGCUCCCUGUGCGGGGGGGACAGGGCGCCCUGGUGACAGAGCAGGGAGUGAAGCUGGAGGGGAAGGGGAGGGCAUGGAGUCAUGUGCUGAUGGCAGCUUAGUGGAUGGGGUUGCUGGUGAAUGUGUCCGAGUGCUAUCAGAUGCCCUCCACGUGGCACGACUUGAUUGGCCCGAUGUUGCGAUGCUCCGUGUGUAUGUGUCGGCAGGAGGGCCAAUCCCCAUUCCUGCCCUGUCACUCGCCCUCAAGACUCAUCUUUCCAAGUCCUUGCACAACCGAGCGCAGUCCCUACCCUCCCAUGAAUCACCUGCUUCAAGCCACCAGCAUGGCCCUUCUGCUACUGCUACUGCUGCUGCUGCUGUGCCUUGCCCAAUAGUGGUGCCAGUGGCAGCAGUGGGGCCCACAGCUGCUGCUGAUGCUCUCCUGGCAGUGGAAAUGACAGCUUUUGGGGCAUGA